UCAAAUUAAGCCGCAGGCUUCGGUACUGUAGGUGCCUUUAUGUCAGUUCCUCUAAGGUUCAACUUUGCAACCAUACUUUUCUCGGACCACAAACUUUUGUUUCCGGGAAGUUGCCCAUCAAGACUUACUUACCGCCAACAAAUGAGUGUCUCGCCGUGACAUGUCUACGACCAUCCCACGUUGAAAGCACGACAUCUCGUCCGACCUGUCAAGUAAAGCAACGUUGGGCCUGGUUAGUACUUGGAUCGGAGACGGCCUGGGAAUCCCAGAGACAUGAAUUCAGUGUGGCCACAGUAUUUUAUCGCAAGAUCAUCAAUGAAACAUCAAAUU